UGGUAAAGCUGAAACACGCAAGAAGAAGAAACAGUUAACACUUAACAGUGCCUCUUUCUUCUCUUCGGACGGAGCUCCCGCGCUUAACACUCAACACUCAACACGCAACAAUAUUCUCCAAAUUCCACCUCACUUCAAAACUCCUUUCUCUCCGAUUCCGAUUCCGAUUCUGCGAAACCUUUUCCAUUCCUACAAAUGAGUGCAGGUGGCGCAUUUGGUGGCAAUAGAGGGCUCCGUCCAGUGCCUCCUGAAAAGGGUAUUUUCCCAUUAGACCACAUGCAUUUAUGUGACCUGGAGAAGAAAGAAUAUUUGGGUUGUCUGAAAACUGCGGGUCACCAGUCUGAAAAAUGCAGGGACUUCUCGAAAAAGUACUUGCAGUGCCGAAUGGAAAAGAACCUAAUGGCUAAGCAGGACUUGGCAGAACUUGGUUUUAAGGAAAGAAAUGGAGAAACUCCUGAAGGGAAACCCACUGAGAGGAUUGAUAAUUGAAAGACCAAUGAACCCAAAGAUUUAACAAUGUAUAUUACUUUUGGGAUAAGUUUGGCAAUGUCAUUCUUUAGUUUGUCAUCCGUUUCCUCUCGUGAAAAUUUUACAAAACCAUGUCAUGCUCCAAUUUUCACCUUUGAUAGAUGGAGCCAAGUAUGGGACCGAUAAAAGUAUCUAGUCAGUGGUAAAAACUAACAGAUGAUAAGGUCUUGUAAAAUUUUCACACGAGAGGAUAAACCUGUAAGUUAGCAAUGGUAUACCGAGGAGAGUGUGGCUGGGAACAAAAUUAUCCCAUUAAUGCAAAGUGGUGGUUGAUUUGAGGAUCUUGCUCCUGAAAACUGAUGUAGUCUGGGAAAGGCAAAUGAUAGGUUUUUUCUGAGUAUCAAUUUUGUACUUCAAGUUCAGAACAAUUUUGUACUGAAUAAGAUGUGUUUCCAAACAAAUUCUCUUGUCGUUAUCCGGUCAA